AUGACUCAGAGCAAUGACUUCGGCUCACUGAGCUGCAGUGUAACUUUUCAAGUGACUCAGAGCUUCGACUUCGUCUCACUGAGCUGCAGUGUAACUUGUCAUGUGACUCAGAGCUUCGACUUCGGCUCACUGAGCUGCAGUGUAACUUGUCAAGUGACUCAGAGCUUUGAAUUCGUUUCACUGAGCUGCAGUGUAACUUGUCAAGUGACUCAGAGCUUCGACUUCGGCUCACUGAGCUGCAGUGUAACUUGUCAAGUGACUCUGAGCUUCGACUUCGUCUCACUGAACUGUAGUGUAACUUGUCAAGUGACUCAGAGCUUCGACUUCGGCUCACUGAGCUGCAGUGUAACUUGUCAAAUGACUCAGAGCUUCGACUUCGUCUCUCUGAGCUGCAGUGUAACUUGUCAAAAGACUCAGAGCUUCGAAUACGGCUCACUGAGCUACAGUGUAACUAGUCAAAUGACUCAGAGUUUCGACUUCGGCUCACUGAGCUGCAGUGUAACUUGUCAAGUGACUCAGAGCUUCGACUUCGGCUCACUGAGCUGCAUUGUAACUUGUCAAGUGACUCAGAGCUUCGACUUCGUCUCACUGAGCUGCAGUGAAAGUUGUCAAAUGACUCAGAGCUUCGACUUCGUCUCACUGAGCUGCAGUGUUUCUUGUCAAGUGACUCAGAGCUUCGACUUCGGCUCACUGAGCUGCAGUGUGACUUGUGAAAUGACUCAGAGCUUCGACUUCGGCUCCCUGAGCUGCAGUGUAACUUGUCACAUGACUCAGUGCUUCGACUUCUUCUCACUGAGCUGCAGUGUAACUUGUCAAAAGACUCAGAGCUUCGAAUACGGCUCACUGAGCAACAGUGUAACUAGUCAAAUGACUCAGAGUUUCGACUUCGGCUCACUGAGCUGCAGUGUAACUUGUCAAGUGACUCAGAGCUUCGACUUCUGCUCACUGAGCUGCAGUGUAACUUGUCAAGUGACUCAGAGCUUCGACUUCGGCUCACUGAGUUGCAGUGUAACUUGUCAAAUGACACAGAGCUUCGACGUCGGCUCACUGAGCUGCAGUGUAAAUUGUCAAGUGACUCAGAGCUUCGACUUCGGCUCACUGAGCUGCAGUGUAACUUGUCAAGUGACUCAGAGCUUCGACUUCGUCUCACUGAGCUGCAGUGUAACUUGUCAAGUGACUCACAGCUUCGACGUCGUCUCACUGAGCUGCAGUGUAACUUGUCAAAUGACUCAGAGCUUCGUCCUCAGCUCACGGAGCUGCAGUGUAACUUGUCAAGUGACUCAGAGCUUCGCCUUCUGCUCACUGAGCUGCAGUGUAACUUGUCAAAUGACACAGAGCUUCGACUUCAUCUCACUGAGCUGCAGUGUAACUUGUCAAGUGACUCAGAGCUUCGACUUUGGCUCACUGAGCUGCAGUGUAAUUUGUCAAGUGACUCAGAGCUUCGAAUUCGGCUCACUGAGCUGCAGUGUAACUUGUCAAGUGACGCAGAGCUUCAACUUCGGCUCACUGAACUGCAGUGUAACUUGUCAAGUGACUCAGAGCUUCGCCUUCUGCUCACUGAGCUGCAGUGUAACUUGUCAAAUGACACAGAGCUUCGACUUCAUCUCACUGAGCUGCAGUGUAACUUGUCAAGUGACUCAGAGCUUCGACUUCGGCUCACUGAGCUGCAGUGUAACUUGUCAAGUGACUCAGAGCUUCGACUUCGUCUCACUGAGCUGCAGUGUAACUUGUCAAAUGACUCAGAGCUUCGACUUCGUCUCACUGAGCUGCAGUGUAACUUGUCAAGUGACUCAGAGAUUCGACUUCGGGUCUUUGAGCUGCAGUGUAACUUAUCAGGUGACUCAGAGCUUCCACUGCAGCUCACUUAACUGCAGUGUAACUUGUCAAGUGACUCACAGCUUCGACUUCGGCUCACUGAGCUGCAGUGUAACUUGUCAAAUGACUCAGAGCAAUGACUUCGGCUCACUGAGCUGCAGUAGCUGCAGUGAAACUUGUCAAGUGACUCAGAGCCUCGAAUUCGGCUCACUGAGAUGCAGUGUAACUUGUCAAGUGACUCAGAGCUUCGACUUCGGCUCACUGAGCUGCAGUGAAACUUGUCAAGUGACUCAGAGCCUCGAAUUCGGCUCACUGAGAUGCAGUGUAACUUGUCAAAUGACUCAGAGCAAUGACUUCGGCUCACUGAGCUGCAGUGUAACUUUUCAAGUGACUCAGAGCUUCGACUUCGUCUCACUGAGCUGCAGUGUAACUUGUCAUGUGACUCAGAGCUUCGACUUCGGCUCACUGAGCUGCAGUGUAACUUGUCAAGUGACUCAGAGCUUUGACUUCGUUUCACUGAGCUGCAGUGUAACUUGUCAAGUGACUCAGAGCUUCGACUUCGGCUCACUGAGCUGCAGUGUAACUUGUCAAGUGACUCUGAGCUUCGACUUCGUCUCACUGAACUGUAGUGUAACUUGUCAAGUGACUCAGAGCUUCGACUUCGGCUCACUGAGCUGCAGUGUAACUUGUCAAAUGACUCAGAGCUUCGACUUCGUCUCUCUGAGCUGCAGUGUAACUUGUCAAAAGACUCAGAGCUUCGAAUACGGCUCACUGAGCUACAGUGUAACUAGUCAAAUGACUCAGAGUUUCGACUUCGGCUCACUGAGCUGCAGUGUAACUUGUCAAGUGAUUCAGAGCUUCGACUUCGGCUCACUGAGCUGCAUUGUAACUUGUCAAGUGACUCAGAGCUUCGACUUCGUCUCACUGAGCUGCAGUGAAACUUGUCAAAUGACUCAGAGCUUCGACUUCGUCUCACUGAGCUGCAGUGUUUCUUGUCAAGUGACUCAGAGCUUCGACUUCGGCUCACUGAGCUGCAGUGUGACUUGUGAAAUGACUCAGAGCUUCGACUUCGGCUCCCUGAGCUGCAGUGUAACUUGUCACAUGACUCAGUGCUUCGACUUCUUCUCACUGAGCUGCAGUGUAACUUGUCAAAAGACUCAGAGCUUCGAAUACGGCUCACUGAGCAACAGUGUAACUAGUCAAAUGACUCAGAGUUUCGACUUCGGCUCACUGAGCUGCAGUGUAACUUGUCAAGUGACUCAGAGCUUCGACUUCUGCUCACUGAGCUGCAGUGUAACUUGUCAAGUGACUCAGAGCUUCGACUUCGGCUCACUGAGUUGCAGUGUAACUUGUCAAAUGACACAGAGCUUCGACGUCGGCUCACUGAGCUGCAGUGUAAAUUGUCAAGUGACUCAGAGCUUCGACUUCGGCUCACUGAGCUGCAGUGUAACUUGUCAAGUGACUCAGAGCUUCGACUUCGUCUCACUGAGCUGCAGUGUAACUUGUCAAGUGACUCACAGCUUCGACGUCGUCUCACUGAGCUGCAGUGUAACUUGUCAAAUGACUCAGAGCUUCGUCCUCAGCUCACGGAGCUGCAGUGUAACUUGUCAAGUGACUCAGAGCUUCGCCUUCUGCUCACUGAGCUGCAGUGUAACGUGUCAAAUGACACAGAGCUUCGACUUCAUCUCACUGAGCUGCAGUGUAACUUGUCAAGUGACUCAGAGCUUCGACUUUGGCUCACUGAGCUGCAGUGUAACUUGUCAAGUGACUCAGAGCUUCGAAUUCGGCUCACUGAGCUGCAGUGUAACUUGUCAAGUGACGCAGAGCUUCAACUUCGGCUCACUGAACUGCAGUGUAACUUGUCAAGUGACUCAGAGCUUCGCCUUCUGCUCACUGAGCUGCAGUGUAACUUGUCAAAUGACACAGAGCUUCGACUUCAUCUCACUGAGCUGCAGUGUAACUUGUCAAGUGACUCAGAGCUUCGACUUCGGCUCACUGAGCUGCAGUGUAACUUGUCAAGUGACUCAGAGCUUCGACUUCGUCUCACUGAGCUGCAGUGUAACUUGUCAAAUGACUCAGAGCUUCGACUUCGUCUCACUGAGCUGCAGUGUAACUUGUCAAGUGACUCAGAGAUUCGACUUCGGCUCAUUGAGCUGCAGUGUAACUUAUCAGGUGACUCAGAGCUUCCACUGCAGCUCACUUAACUGCAGUGUAACUUGUCAAGUGACUCACAGCUUCGACUUCGGCUCACUGAGCUGCAGUGUAACUUGUCAAGUGACUCAGAGCUUCGACUUCGGCUCACUGAGCUGCAGUAGCUGCAGUGAAACUUGUCAAGUGACUCAGAGCCUCGAAUUCGGCUCACUGAGAUGCAGUGUAACUUGUCAAGUGACUCAGAGCUUCGACUUCGGCUCACUGAGCUGCAGUGAAACUUGUCAAGUGACUCAGAGCCUCGAAUUCGGCUCACUGAGAUGCAGUGUAACUUGUCAAAUGACUCAGAGCAAUGACUUCGGCUCACUGAGCUGCAGUGUAACUUUUCAAGUGACUCAGAGCUUCGACUUCGUCUCACUGAGCUGCAGUGUAACUUGUCAUGUGACUCAGAGCUUCGACUUCGGCUCACUGAGCUGCAGUGUAACUUGUCAAGUGACUCAGAGCUUUGACUUCGUUUCACUGAGCUGCAGUGUAACUUGUCAAGUGACUCAGAGCUUCGACUUCGGCUCACUGAGCUGCAGUGUAACUUGUCAAGUGACUCUGAGCUUCGACUUCGUCUCACUGAACUGUAGUGUAACUUGUCAAGUGACUCAGAGCUUCGACUUCGGCUCACUGAGCUGCAGUGUAACUUGUCAAAUGACUCAGAGCUUCGACUUCGUCUCUCUGAGCUGCAGUGUAACUUGUCAAAAGACUCAGAGCUUCGAAUACGGCUCACUGAGCUACAGUGUAACUAGUCAAAUGACUCAGAGUUUCGACUUCGGCUCACUGAGCUGCAGUGUAACUUGUCAAGUGAUUCAGAGCUUCGACUUCGGCUCACUGAGCUGCAUUGUAACUUGUCAAGUGACUCAGAGCUUCGACUUCGUCUCACUGAGCUGCAGUGAAACUUGUCAAAUGACUCAGAGCUUCGACUUCGUCUCACUGAGCUGCAGUGUUUCUUGUCAAGUGACUCAGAGCUUCGACUUCGGCUCACUGAGCUGCAGUGUGACUUGUGAAAUGACUCAGAGCUUCGACUUCGGCUCCCUGAGCUGCAGUGUAACUUGUCACAUGACUCAGUGCUUCGACUUCUUCUCACUGAGCUGCAGUGUAACUUGUCAAAAGACUCAGAGCUUCGAAUACGGCUCACUGAGCAACAGUGUAACUAGUCAAAUGACUCAGAGUUUCGACUUCGGCUCACUGAGCUGCAGUGUAACUUGUCAAGUGACUCAGAGCUUCGACUUCUGCUCACUGAGCUGCAGUGUAACUUGUCAAGUGACUCAGAGCUUCGACUUCGGCUCACUGAGUUGCAGUGUAACUUGUCAAAUGACACAGAGCUUCGACGUCGGCUCACUGAGCUGCAGUGUAAAUUGUCAAGUGACUCAGAGCUUCGACUUCGGCUCACUGAGCUGCAGUGUAACUUGUCAAGUGACUCAGAGCUUCGACUUCGUCUCACUGAGCUGCAGUGUAACUUGUCAAGUGACUCACAGCUUCGACGUCGUCUCACUGAGCUGCAGUGUAACUUGUCAAAUGACUCAGAGCUUCGUCCUCAGCUCACGGAGCUGCAGUGUAACUUGUCAAGUGACUCAGAGCUUCGCCUUCUGCUCACUGAGCUGCAGUGUAACUUGUCAAAUGACACAGAGCUUCGACUUCAUCUCACUGAGCUGCAGUGUAACUUGUCAAGUGACUCAGAGCUUCGACUUUGGCUCACUGAGCUGCAGUGUAACUUGUCAAGUGACUCAGAGCUUCGAAUUCGGCUCACUGAGCUGCAGUGUAACUUGUCAAGUGACGCAGAGCUUCAACUUCGGCUCACUGAACUGCAGUGUAACUUGUCAAGUGACUCAGAGCUUCGCCUUCUGCUCACUGAGCUGCAGUGUAACUUGUCAAAUGACACAGAGCUUCGACUUCAUCUCACUGAGCUGCAGUGUAACUUGUCAAGUGACUCAGAGCUUCGACUUCGGCUCACUGAGCUGCAGUGUAACUUGUCAAGUGACUCAGAGCUUCGACUUCGUCUCACUGAGCUGCAGUGUAACUUGUCAAAUGACUCAGAGCUUCGACUUCGUCUCACUGAGCUGCAGUGUAACUUGUCAAGUGACUCAGAGAUUCGACUUCGGCUCAUUGAGCUGCAGUGUAACUUAUCAGGUGACUCAGAGCUUCCACUGCAGCUCACUUAACUGCAGUGUAACUUGUCAAGUGACUCACAGCUUCGACUUCGGCUCACUGAGCUGCAGUGUAACUUGUCAAGUGACUCAUAGCUUCGACUUCGGCUCACUGAGCUGCAGUAGCUGCAGUGAAACUUGUCAAGUGACUCAGACCCUCGAAUUCGGCUCACUGAGAUGCAGUGUAACUUGUCAAGUGACUCAGAGCUUCGACUUCGGCUCACUGAGCUGCAGUGAAACUUGUCAAGUGAGUCAGAGCCUCGAAUUCGGCUCACUGAGAUGCAGUGUAACUUGUCAAAUGACUCAGAGCUUCGACUUCGUCUCACUGAGCUGCAGUGUAACUUGUCAAGUGACUCAGAGCUUCGACUUCUGCUCACUGAGCUGCAGUGUAACUUGUCAAGUGACUCAGAGCUUCGACUUUUGCUCACUGAGCUGCAGUAUAACUUGUCAAGUGAUUCAGAGCUUCGACUUCGGCUCACUGAGCUGCAGUGUAACUCAUCAAGCGACUCAGAGCUUCCACUGCGGCUCACUUAACUGCAGUGUAACUUGUCAAGUGACUCACAGCUUCGACUUCGGCUCACUGACCUGCAGUGUAACUUGUCAAGUGACUCAGAGCUUCGACUUCGGCUCACUGAGCUGCAGUGUAACUUGUCAAGUGACUCAGAGCUUCGACUUCGUCUCACUGAGCUGCAGUGUAACUUGUCAAAUGACUCAGAGCUUCGACUUCGUCUCACUGAGCUGCAGUGUAACUUGUCAAGUGACUCAGAGAUUCGACUUCGGCUCACUGAGCUGCAGUGUAACUUAUCAAGUGACUCAGAGCUUCCGCUGCGGCUCACUGAGCUGCAGUGUAACUUGUCAAGUGACUCACAGCUACGACUUCGGCUCACUGAGCUGCAGUGUAACUUGUCAAGUGACUCAGAGCUUCGACUUCGGCUCACUGAGCUGCAGUGUAACUUGA